AUGUCGGAAAAGUUAUCAAAGAAGCAGCUCAAGGCAUUACAGUUCAAGCAGAACAAGCCCAAGGAGGAGAGGGAGCAGGAGAAGCAAGAAAAGAACGAGAAAAAGCGUGAGUUGGAACAGCCACAACCAAAAACCGAAGGCGAUGACCAGACCAGCGAACAAGCUCCCAAGAAGAGAAAGACCAGAAGAGGCAAGAAGGGCAAGGGUGUCAACGGAGGAACUGGUCCUCGUUUCAUUUUGUUUGUGGGAAACUUACCGUACGACAUCAAGCAACUGGAACUUGCUGCCCAUUUCAAGAACAGUAACCCAGACCGUUUCAGAAUCAGACAGGAUAAAGGCAUAGCAUUCAUGGAGUUCGACAACGACACUAAGGAGAUCCAGAGUAAGAUGGAGUUGGCGUUGAGAAUGCACCACUCGACGUUGAGAAACAGAAAGAUCAACGUGGAGUUGACGGUUGGAGGAGGAGGAAACUCGGAAACCAGAUUGGCCAAGUUGAAGGAAAAGAACGAGGUGUUGUUGGAGGAAAGAAGAAAGAAGAUUGCCAAGGACAAGGAAGCCAAGAGCGAGAAGAAG